AUGAGUGCCCCUCAGCUCAACAAGAUCGCGGCGAACAGCCCAUCGCGCCAGAACCCGUCUGAGCUGGAGACCGCCAUUGCUGGCGCUCUGUACGACCUCGAGACCAACACUGCCGACCUCAAGGUCGCCCUCCGGCCCCUGCAGUUUGUCUCUGCCCGUGAGAUCGAAGUUGGCCACGGCAAGAAGGCAAUUGUCAUCUUUGUCCCCGUCCCUUCCCUGCAGGGCUUCCACCGGGUUCAGCAGCGCCUGACCCGUGAGCUGGAGAAGAAGUUCUCGGACCGCCAUGUCCUGAUCCUGGCUGCUCGCCGUAUCCUUCCCCGCCCCAAGCGGUCGAGCCGCUCCCGCAACACCCUCAAGCAGAAGCGCCCCCGCUCGCGUACCCUCACGGCUGUGCACGACGCCAUCCUUACCGACCUCGUCUACCCUGUCGAGAUUGUCGGCAAGCGCCUCCGCACCAAGGAGGACGGCUCCAAGACGCUCAAGGUCAUCCUUGACGAGAAGGAGCGUGGCGGUGUCGAUUACAGGCUGGAUACCUACUCUGAGGUCUACAGGCGCCUCACAGGUCGCGGCGUCGUUUUCGAGUUCCCUCAAACUGGCGCUGCCGAUUAUUAG